CGUACAAGAUGGUGGUAGCGGCUGUACCAUCCACAAGUACCAGCCGGGGAAGUAAAGUUUUAAAAAAAGAAAUGGGUUGCUAACUUUAGUAUUUUUCUACGUUACAGUCUCUACAUAGAGAGUACGUCGCACAGAAACAGAAGGAUAACCAUGACAGCUAACGAGGAUCAAGAGAUGGAGUUGGAGGCUCUUCGCUCCAUCUAUGAGGGAGAUGAGUGUUUCAAGGAAAUCAGUUCAGUUUCUUUUCAGUUUAGGAUAGGAGACCUUGAGGACACCAAAGCCUUCAUCCUGGACAUCACGUGGCCUGAGACGUACCCUGAGACGGCCCCACAAAUCUCCCUUGAUGCCUUUUUCAACAACAAAAUCUCUGCGGAGACGAAGCAGCUGAUCCUGUUAAAGCUGGAGGAGCAGGUGGAGGCCAAUCUGGGCACUGCCAUGAUGUAUACUCUGUUCGAGUGGGCCAAGGAGAACCAGGAGGCUCUCAUGGAGAACCACAAGCCUGUAGUCACUGCUGUGACGUUGACAUCCAGCAGUGAGGUGACGACUGCCGCCUCAACAGCCAAGAAGGAGAAGAGGAAGGAGCAGCUGACUAAAGCUCAGAAGAGGAGGAUCAUCAACAGAACAGAUAACAAAGGAGAAUUGCCCAGAGGUUGGAACUGGGUGGAUGUUAUCAAACAUUUGAGUAAAACGGGAGGAAAAGACGAUGAUUAGUGAGCAGCGAUCAGCUUCAUGCUGUGAAGACUGAUCUCAGUACAGCCUGACGAUGCUGCUGCUGCUGCUGCUGCUGCUUCUGUCCAGAUGCCUUCACAUCCUUCAACAUUAACACUCGACAUGGCUGCUCCACCCUGAGCACCAAAGCAGGCUGGGACAACACACACACA